AUAGAUAAGCAUUGUACUGGCGCUACGUUAUAAGGAGUACAGAACUUUGAUCCUUUUAAAAAGCUAAAUUUAACUUUACAGUUAUAAUGACGAGACCAGUUCUAAUAGAAUUAUUUUAUGAUGUGAUUUCCCCGUAUUCAUGGAUAGCUUUUGAGACAUUGUGUAGAUACAAGACCAGGUGGAAUGUAACCCUUUCAUUGAAGCCGUUUUUUCUUGGGGGAAUUAUGAAAGAAACUGGAAACCAUGCUCCUGCAAUGGUUCCUAACAAAGCAAGUUACAUGAUAGCAGAUCUUAGCAGACUUCGAGAAUUCUACAAAGUUCCAAUAUAUCUACCAGAAGACAUAUUUGAUGUGAUGUUUAAAAAAGGGUCACUCUCUGCUCAGCGAUUUCUGACAGCUGUGGACAUGAAAAAUCCUGAGUUUACUGAAAGACUGUCUAGAGUCUUGUGGACAAGAGUAUUCCAAACGCAUCAAGAUAUAACUAAACUUGAAAGCUUUGAACAGGCUGGCAAAGAAGCAAGACUAAAUGAUAAUGUUCUUCAAGAUUCAUUAGCUCGUAUUGCUGCACAGGAAACCAAAGACAGGCUUACAGAGUUCACUAAAAAAGCUCUACAAUAUGGAGCUUUUGGAGCUCCAACAAUUGUUGCCCACCUUAAAGAAAAACCCGAAGUAUUUUUUGGCUGCGAUCGGAUGGAGCUUCUUGCUCAUAUCAUGGAAGAGAGGUGGGAAGGUCCUCAACCAGAUGUUUCAACCCACAAGUUAUAACAAGGAAGUACACCAACAAUGAAGUUUGCUUUUGAUAUAAGUCAAAUGAGUUUACUUUUUGACAAUUAAGUUAGUUUUCAAUAACUGGUGAAAAUAAGAAAUAUUUUCUAUUUUUGUACAUUGCUUCGAAUGUCCAAUUAAGACUUCUAUAAGAGAGCUUACAAGAACCUCAUUUAUAACAGCAGGAGUUUUAGAUGUUGCUAUAGACCAAAAUAAAUUUAGCUUCAAAUUUUGUCAUAUUACAGUCUCAGUUAUUAGUCCUCAAAGUAUAAAAAUAAUUUGUUUUAACACCAUUUUUAUUUGUAAAAUGAGAUUGUUGUAUAGUUGGGUAUGUCCAUCAAAUAAAAAUUAGUCAUCAGUCUGCA